GCGCAGGCCACAGUUCGCUCCGCCUCCUUCCCAAGAUGGCGGCGGCUCAGGGAGGGCGCGGCUUGGAGGCGGGCAACGGUCGGCGACUGCACCUGGGGAUUCCGGAAGCGGUGUUCGUGGAAGAUGUGGACGCCUUUAUGGCCCAACCCGGAAAUGAGAGCGCGGACGCUGCGCUGCGGAAGCUGGACGAGCGCUACCAGAAAUACAAGUUCAUGGAGCUCAGCCUCGCACAGCGCAAGCGCAGGCUGAAGUCGCAGAUCCCCGAGAUCAAGCAGACGCUGGAGAUCCUCAAAUACAUGCAGCGGAAGAAGGGGUCGCCCCACGCCAUGGAGACGCGCUUCCUGCUGGCCGACAACCUGUACUGCAAGGCCUUGGUGCCCCCAACGGACAGGGUCUGCCUGUGGCUGGGGGCCAACGUGAUGCUGGAGUACGACGUGGACGAGGCCCGGGCGCUGCUGGAGAAAAACCUGGCGACAGCGGCGCGGAACCUGGAGGCCCUGGAGGACGACCUGGACUUCCUGCGGGACCAGUUCACCACCACGGAAGUCAACAUGGCGCGCGUUUACAACUGGGACGUGAAGCGCAGGAGCCGGGACGACAGCGGCGCCGCCAAGAGCAAAGCGUAAGGGCGCCCACCACUGCGCUCGCCCGCCCGAUGUCCAUCUCACGCCUAAACAUUAAUGUAUAUGUCACCGGUUUAAUGUAUAUCGCACCCGAUUUUUUUUUCCUCCCCAACCCACCCCACCCCCCACAGCAGAAUUAAAAACCUGAAGAGACGCCA